AUGUUGUCCACAAAACACUGUAUUAACCCACUCCCUGAACUUGAUCAAUCUAUAUCCUGUCCAUCAACGACUUUAUACGAGAAGCAUUUAGAAAAAUACGCCGUUGAUGAUGGUGAUAACAGUUUAAUCCAUGAGCUAUCUGUUGAACUUAUAUCUCUUAUUUCACUGAAUGAUGAACAUUUAUUACAAGAAAUUCCUAGUUCUGUGUUGAUUGAAGCAGCUUCACAUUCUCCAUAACUUUCACCGACUAGUGGGUCAUGAGUAAUUGGUUAAGAGUAUAAUGAUAAAUUGAAGCAAGCUAUUACUAGUAUAUAUAAUAGCAGUCUCUAUAUAGUUGUUUUUGUCUUCACCAAGAUAUUGGUUCUUUUCAUUGCACACUGCAAUGGUUAUUGAUUUCUGUCAGCUGAGACACACACGCACAUGGACACAAGCACAUAAACACACACACAAACGCAAAUGUAACGUAUAUAUACAUUAUUCUGUUAUAAAACAUUUUCAGAUUAUUGGGUGUUUCACGGAUUAUGCUAUACUUGAAUAAGACGUCAGUUCUCUUCUGUUUUUCCAGCCCCAUUUUUUGAGGGACGAGGGAGACGGGGGCCAUAAAUUUGUCUUAUUCUUUUGUUGAUUUCGCCAUGAAGUGAAACCAUUUAAGAGAAUCAUUACAAGAUAUUACAACUGAAAAGAAAACAUAGUACGAAUGAAGAGAUAGAAAGAAGAAUCUGGAAUUCACCUGUCGAGUAUUUCACAGGUGGGCACCUCUUUAUACCAAACGAAACCUGAUUUGUUCACUCAGCUACAGAGUUCGCAGAAUCUGCACCUCGGAUAUCAUUACAAACGAGAUGGUCUUCCUCGACAAAGGUUAUCCCGAAAGAAUAAUUGUGAAAUCCAUGAUUCAUAGACCGCAAAAGCCGUCCAUGCUUAUAGUCACGAAAAACUCCUCCACCUGAACCUUCAACUCAAUGAAGAUUCAUCUACGCAAACACUGAAAAGUCGCCUGUCCGGUUCAUCUAGGAAAACCCUUAUCACAGGUAAACUACGGUUAAACUUCUCCACGAAACCUAUGACUCGUAUACACGUGAAGAAUUAACUAAAACUGCUGACCUCAUGAAUGUGAUUCUACCAAACCAAC